CUUUGGUCUUCCUUCCAGUCGUUCGCUGCAACUUGAAUUUGUGCAAAUAGUUUACAAUGGUUACCUUAUUGCGUAACCGUUUAUAAUCCACGUUUGUUCUGAGGAAUUUGAGUUUAGGGAAAACAUUUCACAUUAUACAAAAUCACGUAAUAAUAAUGUCGUAUAGAACAAGUUGAAUAAAAACAAGUACAGUCAUAGAAUAAAGAGUAGUGACGACACAUGGUUUUGAUUCCUUUUGCAUUGUUAUCAAUUGUGAAACCUAUUAUUUGACGUAACUGUGCAAGAUAACGUGCAUAAGUUACCUGGCUGAAAUACAUUACCUGUGGUUUAGUUUACAUGUAUGUCUCUUGACAUGUACUUUAGACAUUAGGGUGUAGCAGUUUGAAGACUUAUCCGUUGACAUUAUGGCAGUACCAAAGCAGUCAGGUGUUACCUAUGAAUUUUCCUCAGAACUGUACCUUUUGCUUCUAUAACUCUUGAACCUGCCUCUAUAAGUAUCACUAACUUUACCUACCAGCUGCUGAUAAUUAAGUUAGUAACAGUGAUGAGUGGGAAAAAAGGUAGCUCUCCUAAAAUAACGUUAGGGAUGUUGAAAGGUAAAUCCAUCACAACAUCAGUGCCGUCGUUUACUAUCCGGUUUCAUGCAGACGAUGAAGAACUGGAAGCUAUCUACCCAAGUGAAGAUGAGGCGGACGAUGAAGCAGAGAAGCCAGAUGAGGAAGUGGAAGCUGCAUCACAGAAUGCAAACUCGGCGCCGACGCCUCCCAACACCUCGGCAUCAAGCACGGCCCACUCCAGGGACCCCUCGCCCAUGAAGGAGUACCUCAGGGUGCUCGGUAAGCGGUCGACUAGUAUAGACUCGGGCGUCGUGGGGGACAAUUCCCUCGCUUCGGGCAGCGAUACCUGGCGUCUCUUCCAUGAGCUCAAAGGCAAGAUCACCAAGACGGUGGAAGAAAAAUUCGGCGAGAUUAAGAGCGAGCGCAAGAAGCGAACUAGGCGAUUUAAAUCUGGAGGCAGCGGAAGCAAAGACGAUUCGAGCAUAAGCGACUCUGAAAGUGUUUCGGAGAGUUCUGGCAAAGGGCAAGAGGCAGAUACAGAUGGCUCCCCGAAAAAAAUUCCAUCGAACAAAGAGAUAAAAAUUGAUGAAGAGGAGGAGGGUGACGAUGAAGAAAAUGAUGUAAAAAAUGGCCUAGGCAAUGCCAGCUCGGCCAAUAGUUUGGUCGACAUGCUGGAGGUUUCGGACACACCCACCGUUACUUCGACGUCGAAGUGUAAAACUCCGCCUCCUCACAGGAGAAAGUACUGGUCGCACCUGCGAAGGCGUAAGGCAGCGAAGAGCUCUGGCAAGUCACUGGGAGCCACCAGCUACAGCAUGUCGUCAUUGGCCCGCCAUGCUGACGACAGUUCCAACGAUUUUGAGGACGUGGACAUUGAAGCAGGCGUGGAAGCGUGCGAGGAAAACGUGUCUGCGUCAGCGAGCGUUGGGGACCUGAACGCUGACAUCCCGGUUACUGAUUAUCGUUCUCGUCCCCCUUCUAGCACCCCGGGUGGUAGCCGUAGUACCCCACCCACCUUGCGUAGAUUCUCUCUCCGCACUCAAGCCCAAAGGUUCAAGAAGUGGUUGUUGGUAGCAGCAUGUCUAGCAUCUUGCUUUGUGCUGCCUACGUAUGUUUCUGGAUUCUUAUGUGGAACGUUUUCAACAUAUAUUGUGUACUCCUAUAUCAUCAAGAUGACGAGUAUCGGUGACUGUACCCGCCCCAAAGAGUUCGCUAUUCCCGAUUAUGCAGCAUUGCCAAUUCUGGAAGUUCCAGCUGUCAAAGAGCAUCAUGCCAUCAAUAAACAUGCAGGUUGGAUGAACGAGUACCCGUUCCAUUACGAGCCCCAAGAGUAUUCAGUGAAGGACACGCGAGCGGUUUACGUGCGCUUGGAAGGCAGCGUGCUCCGCGUCUCGGAGACUCGUGCCAAGAUACCCAGGCGAGCGAUGUGGAACGAGCGAGACCACAGCCACGUGAAGUUCGACCACCAGCGCAUCUACGACAUCUCCCACUGCCAGGUGCUGCUGUUGCCGGAAGGGCUGACCGCCAAGAGGCUAUGGAGCAAGAAGUACCCUAUCUGUAUUAUUUUCCGCAAGAAAUGUAUAUACAAAGUUGAUGUUGAAAAGACUAAAGAACCCAAAGAUGAGCUCUCUCAGGAAGUUGAGGCAACAGAAGUAAAGAGAACAAGUAGUGAAAAUGAUUUGACCAACUUCUCUGAUCUUCUAGAAGACAAACCUCCAGCUUCAGGCAGCCGUGCUGCCGACAAGUCGAGGGAGGACAGAGCGUCUGGCAGCGAGGAGUUCCACGACCUCUCGGACACGGACGACGUAGACGAGGACACGUUCUGCCACAUCGACAAGACGGCGCUUGAAGAAACUUGCAUCUUCCUGUUUGCCAGGACAGACCACCAGAAGGAGGAGUGGUACCGGAAGCUGGCGACGGCGGCGCGCAAGGGCACGCCCGCGCGGACACGGUCGCUCCCGGGGGACUCGCCCCCCGACUCCCCCGCGGUCCCGCCCGAGCCCCGGCACCAGGCGGGCGGGCCGCUCGGGGACUACGUCGCCCCGUCGGCGUGGGGCGGGGAGCUGGACUACCUGCGGUUCAUGUCGCGCUUCCACCUGCAGGUGCAGAGAUACACGGCCUGUAGGGCCCGGGCCUUGCUGCGCUCCGUAGUGGACGGUCGUGCUGUCGCUUCCCCCGGUAGUGGCCACUCGCUGCAUCCCAGCAAUGUGCUUGCUUACUUCCGGUAUCCAGGACAUACCCAGUCUUCAAGGGACCAGACACAAGACUUGAGCUCCAGGUCGGACGGCCGUCACCAGAAGGCGGACUCGGAGCUCCAGAAGGAGGCAGACAGGCAGGUGGACUGCGACGUCAUGUGGAUCAACGCGCUGGUCGGCCGCGUGCUGUUCGACGUCAUGGGCAGCCCGACGUGGGUGGACUGCGUGCGGGACCGCUUCCAGAGGAAGCUGUCCACCAUCAAGUUGCCUUACUUCAUGGAGGAACUGGCGGUGACGGAGAUGGAGGUUGGCAGCUCCGUACCGAUGAUCCACCGGGCAUCCUGCCCCUCGCUGGAUGAGCGCGGGCUGUGGAUCGACCUGGACGUCACGUACAACGGCUCCUUCUGCCUCACCCUGGAGACCAAGCUGAACCUCAUCAAGCUGAAGGAGCGGGCCAGCAAGGCAAAGUCGGAAGAAGAGGCUCCGGCUGAAGAAACCGCACGGCCGUCAGUCGAUAAGACAAGAUCAGCUAUGUUUGAUAGUGAUCUCGAAGAUACUGCAGAAUCGUCGACAGAUGUUGAUUCUGACACUUCAACAGCAGAUGAAGAGGAAGAUUCUCCCAAAAGACGGCAACCUGGCACUGGCAGUAAGAUACUUAAUGUAGUCAACACUAUUGCAGCUUCAAAGUAUUUUCAGUCGGUAGCAGAGAAUAAGUAUGUGAAGAAAGCGAUGAGAGAAGUGUCCAACACGAAGAUCAUGUUGACUGUUGAGCUGAAAGGUGUGGUGGGCACAAUGGUAGUUAACAUUCCUCCACCACCAUCCAACAGGCUGUGGUAUGGGUUCCGUACCAAUCCCCGAGUGUGGCUGUCUGCUAAGCCAAAACUGGGGGAGCGUCAGUUGAACAUCGGCCACCUGGUCAGUUACAUAGAGAAGAAACUUCUACUGGAAUUUCAGAAAAAGUUUGUGUACCCUAAUAUGGAUGAUCUUAUCAUCCCGCUGAUGACACCUCAACUACCAAAGUGAAGCUGCUGUGAAGUAAGUGAUAAAAAAGACUGAUGGACCUGGUAAUGGUUUUUUUUUGUCUCUCUCUCUUCCUCUUCCUCCAAAUGAAAUUAUUAAGAAUGCUUUGAAAUGCACUAAAAGGUACUCCAUCUUUCGUUUUGUUACGGGCUUAGUUGUCUUUGUAAAUUUUGCAUCCAUGAUCACUGUGUGCUGCUUUAAAUCUAAAUAUGAUUAUAAUUGUAGAGCACUGUCUAAUCACUUUUUUAUGUGGGAAUGUAUAAUCAAUGCACAUUGAGAGCAAGAAGUUUUUUGAUAUUAUGGACAUUAUGGUAUGAGUGUACAUAAAUACAUAGUAGUUUUUCAGCAUUUUAUGUGUACAUAAAUAUACUACAAAGAAUUUGGUUGAUGUGAAAAGGUCUCUGGUAGAAUAUAGAUAAAACUAACAUUUCAUGGUGAAAAUCAGAUACCUGUAAAUACGACUUGUAAAAAUAUUUCAAAUCAUAUUGCUACCAUGUUUUAGUGAUCUGUUUCAUGCAGCGUAGGUAUGUUACAUAUAUCAGUUACUAUUAUAAAACACCUUUUUUGAGUAAGUUAUUAUAUUGUGUUAAGGUUUGUUUGUUUGAUUUUACAUGUUCAUUUUUUUCUUCAAGUACAUGUGUAUGCUAUGUGUGUGUGCAUUCAGGCAGGUGUACCAAAGUUAAGGCCUGUAUAUAAGAAUGAGGAAAAUGUGCCUAUCUAUGUACACAAACAUACACAUUUUAGCAUGAAAUUGUACAUAUAAAUUAGAAUUUGAUUGGAUUAGAAAUUUUUUGGCUGGGAAUAAAAAUUUAGGUGCGUGGGAAAUGGGUCAGGGUUGGGAAUUGUUUCAAGUUAACAAUCUCAAAAAAAUUCUAUAAUUAUUUAAAAAAAAAAAAAACAUAUUGUAUUACUUUUAUAAUGUAGGCCCUAAUUGAGUGGUAGAUAGUAUAUGGAUAGUGCCAGAAAAUGUUCACAAACUCCAAAAAUACCAUGAAAUAAUGUGAAAUCCAUUCAAUUUCAUGACAACAGUGAAAUUUAAAAAAUAAAAUGCCUCAUUUGCAAAAUGCUAACAUAUUAGCUCAUAUUUAAACUUUAAAGUUUAAACCCCAAUUUAUAUAUCUGUUUUAGUUAUUUUUGGUGGCCAAUUACCUAGUUCGGCAAUAUUACAAACACAUUUACAAGAAAUUUAAAUCUGACACUUAUUUGAGCUAUUAAUUUUGUUUGUUACAUGUAUAGUAUCAUAGAUUAAUUCAGUCAGUUAGUGUGAAAGUGUGAACAUGGUGCUAGAUUGUGACUAAAGAUUUAUACAAUAUUUCAAGUACCAUAUUCACUAUUUGUCCAUAGCAUAACAAUUCCUCUUUUUCUUUCUUUCUUUCAUCCAUAGUGUAGAAAAAUUAUUUUUCCUCAUGAUACCAGUAUGUAAGAUGAAAAAUUAACAAAAUAAUUAUUUAUUUUUAAUUUUUAUACAUCGGACCAUAUGUCAAAAAAGUCAGUGUUUCAGUUGUGAAUGCAAUUUGUUCUGCUAAUAUUUUGCAACGUUAGUGAAAUUGCUGUUAUUAUUAGUUGGUUUUUAUAAAAUGUUUAAUAAAUGGCUUCUUUUAAAUUAUGCUUAUGAAUGUUUUUAUGCCAUCAUAGUUUUGAUUUUGAACCGCUGAAAAUGGUGCAUUUCAUUUACGUCCAUGAGUUGGCUUGAGUUAAAGGUCCAUGUUUUCUUUGAAAAUAUGUAGUUUGUAAACAAAAAUGUUGGCACACCGACAUGUAUAAUCCACGCAGUAAAAUAGGGAUACUGGAAAAGUAACGUCCUGCCCAACUUUUUGGGAAAGAUUUCCAGUUUUUCCUGAAAAAUUAUUAUUUCACCCAGCUCAAUUUUAAAAGUAGUUUGUUGGACGUGGAAUUCAGAUAACUUUAAAGAUUAUGAAAUUUUGUUUAAAUACUAUGUAUUGUUUUUGUGUGAAUAAUUGUCGCUUGCUCAGAUGUUGGCCAAAAACAAAACAUAUCUAAGCUAUCUCAGUUAAAACUGGCGUAUUUUUACAGUAUGUAGUGCUUAAAGAUUUUUUUAAUGUUUCAACUCUUAAUUCUCAAUGAAUAUUGCAUUAAAAAUUUUAAAAAAAUGCUAGCUCCUGUUUUUAGUUAACAAAGAUUUCCAUUUGUAAUAAAGACUUAAUUAAAAUUAUUAAAUAACCCCUUGAGCUGUGUGCUUGCGGCUGUGCCACCUGUCUCCCUCAGGAGCAUCUAUGUACAUAAUCGUCCGUCCAAAGAAAUUUUCUAGUCAGUGUGAUUGCAGACUCGUUCUGUCACUGAAGGAAACACUGGUGUUUAUUUCUAUCUUGCAUCUGCUAGAUAUAACCUGUGCUAGUGCGGCAUUAGAAACUCUGAAAUUGCUGUCUUAAAUCUUGUUCACUACAUUCCAGCUGAAUCUUGAGUGAAUUCGUACAGCUAACUUGUGAGUACAUUGAAAAACCAGAGAUAAUUUAGGGAAAGUAUUUAUAUAGAUGUAUUUUUUUACUAUCUUCUUGUAGCAUUAUAAAUUCUUAAAUAUAUAUUUUUUUUUAUCUAUUUCGUGAAAUGUAGAUAAGCAUAGCAUUUACAAGUUAAAUAUAUGGUGCUUGCAUCUGUAAUAUAAUAUAUAGUAAUAGAGAGAGUUUGUCUUACUGUCUGUAUAUCAUUCGCGGAGACAGAAAGGCAUAGAGCUGAGAAAUUUUGUUACGUGGUGAUUCCAGUUGGGUUACAUGUGCAUCUCGAAAAAGUUUUUUUUUAUAAUUAAUUUUUAAGAGUUUGUGGCCCUACAUUAUUUUUCCUAAAAACUGUUCAGUCCAAGGUGGCGUUCUUUGGUUUGUAUUUCUUCCUGUUUAUCUUAGUUUUAACCAUUAUUUUGUUUAAAAUUACUUUUUUUUUUUCCAUUGAGUCUGAGCACAAAUAUUACUAAAAAACUUGACUAAAAGCUCAAAUUUCACUCACUAUAAACAAUGAAAGUAUUGCAGCAAUUGACUGUUGUUUACUUUCAUCUAUAGGACAAAAAUAAGAUUGUCAUGCAGUGUGCAGCUAAUAUAUUGCAAAUAGACAAGAUAAUGAAAAUUAAUAUUGUGGAAAUGUGUGUAUGCAUUGCAGUCUUGUGUGUGAAAUUGAGUACAUUGAGCUUUGCUUAGGUGCCUCUAAAAAAAAUGUGUGUUGUUUAAGCAUUCGUUAUGAAUAGUGCUUCCAUGUCUGUCAAUAUAUGACAUAACAUCAAAAGUUUGUAUUAUUUCGGCCAGACUACAAUAAUUAUUUUUAGCUGUUUAAGUGGAUGAAUACCUAUUGUUAUUAAAGAAUUUCUGUGUACAUAAUUAUAUAGAAUCUGAUUUUUUUUUUCCCUUUCGACUCUGUAAACAAACCCUUCUCUGACGGAACACUGACAGUAGCACAAAAUGUGUUGAUCAAAAAGAUUGUAAAAAUAUUUUGUAGCACUGUUACUACGGCCCCGUAAUCCAACUAAAAUACUAAAUACUAUUUAUUCUUUAUUCAGAAGAGAGCACUAUUUUACAAUCUUUUUCUCUUGCUUUUGAAAAUGCAGCAAAAACUCACUAGCAACAAUUAAUUGUGAUUUAAAGUAGAAUCGUAUUUGUUACACGGAACAAUUGAUCCUGGGGACAAUGUUCUGUAAAACGUAUCCAGUUUAUAUCAAAUCAUUAUAAUGCAUAUCUUCAAAAUUAAAAUCUUUUUGGUAAAAGUAAAUUUUAAAAUCACAAACACAUCCUACUGUGUUUUAAUUUUUUACAUUAAAAUACAAUACUGUGUUUUAAUUUUUUACAUUAAAAUACAAUUAUGUUACACAGAAAAAUGUACACAGAAAAAAGUUUUUAACAUAUUUUUUUUAAAAUCAGAUGUAUUUUAUUAAUUAUACAGCUUUGCAUCACAAACACAUCCAAUUCCUUUCUUUAUUUUAGUAUUUUAUGUGAAAAUAUAACUGGAUGUGCAAUGAGGAACAAUUACCGAAAUGACAGGUAUGUAAUCUGCAAGGACACCCAGAACAUAUGCGUUAAUAAAACUAACAUUCUGAAACUUUAUUCGAGUAGGUAGCAGAUACAGGUUUUCCAGUAGUGACAGUAGCAAAACAAGAUGCCUAGAACGAUGGCAAGUGGUAGGCGUCGUCUACGCAGUUUCUCAUUAAGACUGUAAAGUGUAAAGCUUAAAUCAUUUUUCUAAGUUAGACUUUCAUAAGCUUGUACGAGUUCUCCAUUGUAAAAUUGUGAUUAUUUGCCAGUGUAUAUAGUUUCGCCUCAGUAUUUUUCCGUCAGUUAAAUUGGCCCCACGUACAAACGUGUACAGUAGUAUUUAGAUUUCAGUUACAGUGACAAAACAAACAUUUAUUACUGUCAUUAAUAAUGCUACCAAAGAGUAUUGUAUUUUAAACAAAAUGUUCAUAUCUAGCUAAAAGGUUUAGUACUGUUAUUUUUUUUCUUACUUUUAUUAAAUUCCUUGCUUAAAAAAAUUGAUCUUGCCAUUAGUUUUACCAGUAUCAUAUCAUUGGGUUUCUUUAAGACUAUUUGAUGAGUUAGUAAAUAAUUGAGGUUUUAAUUUAUUUUCAGUUUUGGCAUCUAAAUUAUUUAACUAUAGCUGUUGACUGACUCAGGUGCAAAACAAUAUAUGAGAAAUUAUUUUGGAUUCUAUGAAAUAAACAAGUUAUCUAUUUUUCAGCAAUAUAUUAAAAUACUGGUGAAUUUAAAUUUGCAGUCUUAAAUACUUUUUGUCAAUUACAUUCCAAUGUAGUUUUUAGCAGUACAAAUAAGUACUUACAUAAGUUGCUGAACAUGGAUUUUUAAAUUAAAUUUUUAUCAAACUUACUUUUUCUUUAAUGAUGUGGUAUUAAAUACUACUGUGUGUUAUUAAACUUUUCACAGUUCAUACAGAUAGAUUGAAAACAUGUUUCAUGCUUUGUUAGCACCUGCAUUAGACAUAUUUUUGUUGAAAUUCCAGUAGAGUAUGCAAUUUAGAAUGGCUAAUGAUCAUGUGAACUAAUAAAGAUUCAUUGGGACAACAGCGAAAAUAACUUUGUAGCCUCAUUACUCUAUAAAAAAAAUUAUCAAUUUUCUUUCGGAUGAAGUUAAAAAAAUUGAAAUUAAAAUGUUUUAGUUACUGCCUUGCUUUCUAUAAUAUCCAUGGCAAAUUAAAAUUCAAGUUCAGUAGAGUCAUGAUUAACUGAGUUAAUGUGAACAGCGGUAACCUCGGAUAAGCAAACUCUCAGAUAACAUGGAUAUACUAACUCUAAAAUCGUCGUAGCUUUCAUUUGGCCCAGUGGUAUAAUUUUUCGGGGUAACAUCUUUUCUUCCGUGUAGAUUCUGUCAUGUCGCUUAACCAGUAAAUUGCAUCAUUUAGGUUAACUGUAUUGAGGCUUUCCACAAUGGUUAGAUAAUUUUCUAGGUCCUCAAGCAGAUUUUUCAAUAGACUGUCAAGAAUGGCACUUUAGUUUGGCUAUGAUAAAAUGGAAACUCAGUUUAUCGAAGCUCGUUUGAGACACAACUGUAUGUUAAAACACACAAUCCUGAUGUAGAGUAACUGUUACGUGACUUUUCAGAAGGAUAAGUUUUUGCUCGCUUUUUUUUUUCCUUUAAGGGAGUAUAUGUUUUUUAAAAAACUAGUGUUAUCCUAGAACUUCUGUUUUUGCCACAUAUUAAAUAUAUCAAGGGAACACCUGCCACUGCUAUAGUUGCAUGUGUAUAUUUUAAUGUAUGCUUACUAGGGACAAGAUUUUAUGGCGAGUUGCGAUAAAACCAAAAUAACACCUAAAACAAUGUCAAUACACCAUACAUAUAACACCGGAAUGCAGGUUAAUACCGCAUAAACCACUGAAAUACAACUAAAAUCAUGACUUUAAACAGCAUUUUAACCUACAUAAUUUAGAUCAAAUAAAAAAUAUAUAAACUUUUAAUGUACUGAAUUCAAUUAAUUUCAAUUUAUUCAGCAUGAGUUUAUACCAAAAUGUAUGAAUAAAACGAAUAGGAAAGAAAAAUUAAUUUAACAUUGUUUUAUCUGGUAUCUAUUAUCAGCUCAUUUUUAUCUUACUUUCGUACAUUUUUCAAACGCACAAAUUCUUGCCAAUUUAUUUUCAUUGUUCAGACUAAUUCUACUCUUGACAUACAUAUUAAAAUUAAUUUUUGUACAAAUACAUCACAGUCAAAACUACACUAUUAGUACUAAGAAAUGUUUCAGUGUCAUAUUUAUUGAAUAAUUCAAUAUCUUUAUGAUUUAAAUGAUUAUAAAAAAUAGAAAACAUAAACACCGAAAUCUGUUGUUCUAUAAAUGAAAUUGGCCUACAAAUAAAACCAUAAAAUCUUGUCCUUAAUGCCUAUGUAACAUUUGUUUAAUUUUAUAUACAUGCUUUUGCUCAGGAGCGGACUAGCUUUAGUAAGAGGGAAGUAGAACAUGUCAAGAGUACACUUUGCUUUUGCUCUUCACAAGAGAAAUAUUGUUAUUGAAGAUACGUAAGAUGAAAAGGAUUGGAAGAGGGAGAGAGCUUUAGUUUGAUAAAGUUAGUUUGUCUAUUCAUGCUUUGCAAGUGUUAUACAAGUCUGAAGUUUUUGAUAUGUAUUUAUGUCAUUACUUUCUUGUAUUCAAAGAGUUUAUAGAUAUAUAUUUUUUUUGUUUAAAUAUAGCUGUUUUAUUUUAAUAUAACAUUUAUGUGAUAAGGGUGCCACCAUUGUACAAUGGCUUAGUUUGUUCCAACUCUUAGGAACUUAAAAAAUAGGUUUUUGUAAUGCAUUAUGCAUUGUUUUGUUUCAGUCAAUCCUGUUAUAAUAUCCAGUCAGUCAGUUGUAUUACGUGAUCUUAUUUAAUUUUAAUAUAAAUGGUCCAGUUUUAUUAACUUAUGUCAUAUAACUUCUGCAAAAAUGAGUAAAUAAAUAAAUAACAAUACUAUCUCAGCAAUUUAAUUCUAUUUCCACAACUAAGUUAAGACCCCAAAUGUAGCUGGGCAAAAGGACAUCUUUAACUUCAUUUAUUUCGGUAUUCCAAAUAGCAGCAUUUUGAUUUACUACAGCUGCUAUAGGAUUUAACCACUUUGCAGAAUUGACUAAUUCGGAAUGCAUCCAAAGCUGGUGUCUAAUUGAAGCUUAGUUGGGAUCGUAGAGAGUUUUAAUAACUGUAUGCCUAUCUGGAACCCAGCGACCCUAAUAUCCAAGGCUCUCCACUUCUCUCGGCCUGAUAAGCAUACAAAUUCUCCCCAGUCAACUUGGUACCACCCGGUAAGCGAGUUGAGAAGUUGCAGUUUAAGGCCCCUGUCUGCCCGGGCGCACACACGGUGCGCAGAGCUUCAGGAUAAACAAUGUGAUUUCAAAGCUACUCAAGAUAUCCGAGUGGGGUCCAUUUACAAUAAGCAUUUAAAAUUCCCUGAGGGCCGAAAAUCACUUUUGAUUUCGGUUUAAGUAUUUAAACUGUAUCUUUAGAAGAGGUAAAAUAACUAAAAGGCGUGUUUUCAGAGUAAUUUUUAUGCGUAAAACAACUGGUACAGAUUCUUGAAAGCACUUAAGGAACUUGCAUUACAACUUUACCUUCAUUUCUAUGCCCUGUAAUGUUAUGGUCAUCACUCAAAUUUCAGAGUUGUCCCAUGCAUGACGAGAAGCUUUGCGCUUAAGAGGCGAUACCGCGUUAGAAGCACCAGCGAGCGUCGUGCUUAUCAUCCAACCUCACUAAUAUACGUACAACCCUGAUUAGACAGGCCCCUUUAAUGAGAAUUGACUGCAACUGUCGCUUUCCUCGGGAGUCUCGUAAGUUAGCGGACCCAGCAUCAGUCGAGGCCGAACGGCAGGGCAGUUGGCCAAAGAGUGAAUGGUCUUUACACUUUUUCAGAUCAGUGCCAUGCUGGAUUAACAGUUUUUCUUGAUUAUUGGACAUCAAUAAAGUUUUAACUGGAAUACUGAAGAAAAAUACAGAUGAGCAUUGUUGAUCUUAAAAAAUUAUUACAGAAAUGUACUUGCGAAACGUGAGGCAUAACCAGCUAGGAAACAUAAACACUGUUCUGAAAUGAAAAACAAUCGUAAAGAUAAACUCUUGAGUGAACCAAAACCCUUGGCAGCACAGUCAAGUAACCUAGUGGCAGGGUUGGGGAAAAAACAGGUUAUUUUAAAAACCAAACAACCUGUGUUUUUUUUUUUGUUUAAACUAGGUUUUUUUUUGUACAAACUGGCUUUUUUUAUUAUGUUAGUUAUUUUGGUUCUCAGCAUGUUCAAAUGAAAGCUAUACAACAUCCCACUUUCUGCCAAUCAUGUUGAACCAGAAAAGUUAUAACAUCAAAGAACUGAAGUCCAGCAAAUCGGCACAUCUGACUGGGACUUAACCACAGAAGGGGUAUUUUCCCACAGGAGGAGGAUUCUCCGUAAAAUGGAUGUUUCCCACAGAAUAGGGAUUUACAAUAGAGUCAGGAUUUCCCACAAUAAAAAUUAACUAUUUCAUAUUUUUAAUUUUAGAGAAAUAUUUAACUGGGUAUAAUUUACAACUUAUUCAGAUAAUUAAAAUAAUAAUAAUAUCUUUAUUAGAAUAUAAUAUUUUGUUCCUGUAAAUCAAAAGAUACUUUAAUGUGCAAACUUUAAUUGUUAUUUGAGUGAAAUUAGACCUUUCAUUAAAAAAAAAUUAAGAUAUUCUAUUUAAAAAUACAUUAUUUAAAAUAAUAUGAUUUUUUUUUAAAUAAAAACCACUUGGUUUAAACCAUGGUUUAAACAUUUUUGGUUUUCUUAAGCCAAACCUACCUGGCGAUCAAGUUCAACAGCCAGAAUGCACCUGAAAAAAUAUGAAUGUAUGUGUCUUGCUUGAUUGAUGCUGUAUUACAGAAUUUAUGUAAUACUGGAUUAAAGACCUUUUAUUGUUAAAGCUUACAAGAGAACUAAUAAAUAAAACAUGCCUCUUAAUUUAAAUGUAGGUAAAGGUUUUACCAUGUAUUAUGUUGACGUGUGUUGUACUUUGUCAGCUAUCUGCAAGUUUGUGUAACUCACAUCAAGUAACACGCACAUAAUGUUCCUAACCUCACCGCAUUUACUAUGUUUUAUAAUUUUUUAUAAUAGUUUUGAAAGUGCUUGCAGAAAUUUGAAACUAGUCUAGCAGUGGUGGCAUCUUAUGAAAAAGUUUUUUUAAGUGCAGUUCAAAAAUUUUUGACUGUUCCUGUGAUGCCAAAAAGUUUUUUAGUUGUGUGUAUAAUGUGUAUAUUUUCACAAUUGUCUUAUAUUAUUUUAUUGCUUGCAAGCUUGCCACUUACUUGAUGUUUACUUUUACUGUUAUAAUUGCCCUUUGAGUGAAAUUAAUGUAACAUGCAUGUUAUUUAACAUAAUAUCUUGAACAUAUGUCAUUGCCAGCAAAUGUGUAUGUCUAAGAUGUUAUGUUACAUAAAUCUUUUUCAUUGCAAGAAUCAUUGUCAUUGUUUAAAUCAAUUUAAAAUACCAUCAUAAUUGAUGAAGAGAUUCAGUUAUAUAUUUUUGACAUUUUAAUGCCGACAAGCUCAGCAUUUUUAUAUCCAAUACUACCUAACAAAUUUCCAUUAAGCAAAUUGGAUUUUCAAAAAGUUAAUUGCUUGAAAUAAAAACAUAUUAUACUUAGGCACACUUUGUGCAGUCAUACCCUAAAUUCAUGUUGUUUUGCUUGUUUUAAUUGCUCUUUUGUUUAACAAGAAACAAAUUUGCAGCAUUUAAACUGUAAGAAAUUUGUAUAAGUUUAGUCAUAGUACGUACUACCUCAGAAUCUUAUUUGGUUUCAAUUUUUAAAUUCAAAAAUUUUUAUGAUUAAAAAUCAUUUAUGAAUCUGUGAUCUGUGAAGUAAAAUAUCAGGCUCUAAAUGCACCAGUGUGUACUCAUGGUUAUUAUAUUUUGUAGUGUAUUGCAUAUGUUGUAAGUGUAUAACUUCAAGCAAUUGGUAAUGCAGUGAAACCUCAUUAAUAAAAACCAUGGUUGAUACAAAAAUUUCAUUAGUACAAAGUAGCCCACAAGCUGUACCUAAAAUAGUUUCUUAUUAUCCCUAAAAAAUGAAGUACAUUUGGUACUGAAUGAAAUUAUGUGCACGUUUUCUUAGAGCACAUUCUAAUUAUUUUUUAUUUGUGGUCUGCAUGUAGUAAUUUAAAAAAAAAAAAAAUUACUAUGUUAUUGGAAUUUUCUUUAUAAAGUUAAAAAAUUUGUGAUUUACCCUAGGUAAUCUUGCAAUAGUUUGGUUAAUAGAAAUCUCAUUAUUACAAAGUGCUAAAAUCAUGGUUCCUUUAGGUAUGCAUUAAGGUUUGACUGUAUUUUGAAUGGGAUUGCCAUGAAACGGUUUAUUCUUAUUGUUGUACUUUAAUUAUAUUUGCUUGAAAACUAUUACUUUUGGAUUUGAUUUUUUUGUGCUAAAUUUAAAUAAAAUGUGGCAGUUAUUUGAUAGUGACUAGAGAGUAGUAGUAUCCAUAAAGAAAUGAAAUUGUAGGUGUCGUUAUUAGACAGUAACACACAACGCCACAGACCAGGUAUUGAAGAAGGAUUGUGCCGUGGCCUGUAGGAAGGGACCAGCCCAGAAUUUUCCAGUAGUGAUUUCGGAGGAGACCUCUGGAAACCAGAUCAGGAUUAGAAACUGAGUUCUCUGGAGUGUCUGUUAGUCCAAUGCAUGACCUGUGUCAGUUGGUUACAUGUAUUGACAGUAAAUUGAACCAGUUUGUAGUAUUUUAUUUCUUGUUUGACAUGUGGUAUUUCAUUUUUUUAGUAACCAACCUGUGUCUCGAAAUACCAUGUUCAUCAGAAUAAACAAUUAUUUGUCUGUUGCUCAGAUGUCUCGAAUGUUAUAGUCCGAUUUCAGCACUGUUUAUUUUUUAGUUAUACUUCAGUAGCUUUUAUUUUGUAUCUGUAGCCAUGUAUUUCUUCCAAUGCUGUAUUCAGCUGACAGUAUUGUAUUAGCUGUUCAUUGACUUGCUGAGCUUAAGAAAAUGCUUGAAAAAGAUGUGUGUUGCAGUGUUUGUAUGUUGUUAUUAUGUAUGUACUUAACACUUUAUCUGUGUAAUGAAACAGUGUAAUUAUUCACAUGCAAGUUAAGUUUUUGUGUAUGAUGUUACUUAUAAAAAUAAGUAUUAAUUUUUAACAGACAUUUAUUUUGAAAUAACAUUUCAGAUUCAUAAAGAACAAAAUAAACUCAAAUUUUUACAUUAAGAGUGUAGUAAAAAAAACUUUUAUUUUAGGUAUUUUAUACAGCAUUUCCUCCUUUUUUCCCCCAAUAUAGCAUUAUAUGUGUAGCUGUAUGUCACACGUUAUUUUGGUAAUGCAUUUCAUGAUUUUAUUAUUGUCAGGAAAUUUGCUUCCAAUACAACAGAUGCUAAGUAUAGUAAAAUCAUACAUGGCCUUUACAGGUUUUUAUGAAACAAGCUGAACUUUCAAGGUCAAAAAAAAAUUCAAGCCAGACAGUAAUUAGGAGCUGCGAUAAACAAAAAAUGUGGAAGCAUUACACUAUAGAUCAAACUUAAAGAGGAAUAAGCAUUAUAGUAAUAACAAUAAAGUUAGAGAUAAAGAGGUUCCUAUUGAUAACGUCUUCCAAAUUGACUUGCAGACAAACAGAAACACAUUCUGUGCAGAUGAGCUAAGACUCGUGUUAUCAAGUUGUGGUGUACUGUUGUUGCACAUUCAUACAUAUGUGGAGGCAUAAUAUGUCUGUAAAUAAUCAUCUAGCCUUAAAAAAGCUGUAUAGAGGUUUACAUUUUGGUUUUUUAUUUUCAUAAAUGUUUUGUCACACUUUUAAUUAGCAUUUAAGUGGGGAUUAUAUCACAUCCAUUCAUGUGUUAAAAGUAAUCCCACGCAAUUAAGUUGUUUGGUAGUCCAGAUAACUGCAUCUCCAUCUGUAUCUAAAGUUGUACAGAUGUAAGUAAUUCCUGCAGUUAAAUUACUAUAAAUGGCCGGUUUAAGAUUUCAUAUUUCAGUUGAAUUUUUCUCAUUAUGCACUUAGUAUUGCAUGUGGAUUAAUGAUUUUUUAAUGCUUAUGUUCCUUGUUGAUGCUUUAGUCAUCAUUUUGCCCUUUUAAAUUUUGGCUAAUCUGGUGUGUGUUUAUUGUUUAUAACUUAAUUUACUUCACCAAUUUUGAGGGUGGGUAUGAAAUUUGUUUUAUGGCAGUAAUAUGACAUAUAAUUAUAAAAAUAAUGUGAUGUUAGAUGAAAGCUAUUUGUAUUUUUCUGCCAUUAAAUAAUGUUGUUAUAAAUUUGUCUCUCUGUGUUUUUUUUCCCUUUGAGGAACUUGUCGUACUAGGGAGGUAAGGGAACGAACAAAUUAAUUGUCGGAGUGGGCGCCACCACGUGAUGAGGGCACGUGGACCUGGCGGAGACUCUCUUCAGGGCGUGACGUGACCCGUGUAGGGCUAGGCUCUGUUCCCUUAACUCGCGAUACCGCUCCAGUGGGCUCUUAAGGCGUCCCACACGCCUCGAGGUUCGGGAGCAGGGACACGUGGUCACUCGACUAAAAAUCACACGUUCGACGUACUCCUUUUAUUCCAGCAACGUUACAACACAACUCCAAUUGCUCUGCAUCUACAUACACUCGAUUAAACUGUUAAUAACGCCAACGGCGGGAGAGAAUCAGUUUACAGGCUGACCAGGUCACCUCGUGGCCUGGCCUCGUGAGUUUAAGACGCGGUUCGUGAUUAAAUGUUCGAAUUGGACUUAAAUAUUUAUUAAAACGAGUCGGCCACCCGGAGUAGGCCUCGCAGAUACAAAAAAGGUUUAAGAAUUAUAAAAAGUCCGGCGGAUGUUAAAAGAUCAGUUGAUUAAGAAAAAUAUGAAGUUGGGCGGUGCUCACCAAGCAUCCUACCCCGGGUGACGAACGGAAGCGACUGAAGAGGCCAGGGCAGCAUGGCGGCCGGAAAGCACUGGAUUUACCGUUAGUCUCUCCUGUUAUUUAUUAAUACAUAUUUUAACUAAAACAAAUACACUAAAAAUUCUAUAACAAAAUUAUACCAAGGUUUCCUUAAUUAUUUAAGUUGAGUAUUGAUUAUUUUAAUUAUGUUUAUGGUUCAAACUAGUUGCGGGUAGUUCCAUUGCCUGCCGCGUGGGGCGCUGCGCCGUCCUUACAACUAGCACUUAAAACAUAAACACUUAGGGAAUAUUAUUUAAAUAAAAGACAGGUAGGUAAACAUAAAAAUUGAAUAAUAAAAUAAAAGGGGUCGUGGCACAGACUUUACUCCCGCCUCUUGUUGGCAGCCUCACACGCAUGCACACACACCUGCACACGGGGCGGGAGGUUUGAAAUAGAGGGUGGUGGUGGGAGGAGAGGGAUGGCAACGGCGUGAGGCACAGCAGGCUUAGGGAGGGCGUAGCCCCGGUCGACGUCAGCACUGUAGCUAAUCUGUCAAAUUUUGCACUCCACUUCACUGGACACAUGGUACACUUGUUGCCAACAGAAGCAAACUAUGAUAAAUUAAAAAAAUUGUUGAAAUUUUAUUUAAAGAAUAUAAUCUCAUUCUGUAGAUGACACAGAGGGUAAUAGGGGAAAUUUUAUCAAACUACGAUGCUCAUAUUGAUGGAGGUGUGGUAACGAUGGCAUAACCUUCAGAAGACUCGAUGACAAAGGUUUUUUUGACUGUCGCAAAAGUUCCACCGUAUUUUGCAGAACUUGCUAGUUUCUGCACUAAUGUGAUGGUAGAAACCUAGCUCUCCAAUACAUACUAUUAUCUUCAGCUAUACCAGCCAAUUCACAGCAGACUGAAGCUUCUUAGCUGCUAAAUGCUUCCACUGUGUGGGUCAAACUGCACAUGCACACGCACGGUUCUUCUGGUAGACUUUAGCUCGACUCUUUCACGUUGUCCCAUUAAUAGUUUAAUUCCUCGCUCAGCCAGUGAAAAAAUGCUAAGAGGACACACUAACCUAACCAGAGCUGUAAAACCUUGUUGAGGAAUGCUGAUAAAAAAAUACACAGAAGUUUAAAAUACAGUAAUAAGAAAUAUUGAAAUGAUCCCUGGUUAAAUUAAGUUGGUUAUCAC